AUGUGUAGGCCCGCACCCAGACUGGGUUUGUGGACUAUUUUACCGGGGCCCGGGCCUCUCGUCUAUUUGAAGGAACUGUGUCGGCGGACUGUGCGAUGGCAGUACAUGACGGGGCCCGGGCCUCUCGUCUAUUUGAAGGAACUGUGUCGGCGGACUGUGCGAUGGCAGUACAUGACGGGGCCCGGGCCUCUCGUCUAUUUGAAGGAACUGUGUCGGCGGACUGUGCGAUGGCAGUACAUGACGGGGCCCGGGCCUCUCGUCUAUUUGAAGGAACUGUGUCGGCGGACUGUGCGAUGGCAGUACAUGACGGGGCCCGGGCCUCUCGUCUAUUUGAAGGAACUGUGUCGGCGGACUGUGCGAUGGCAGUACAUGACGGGGCCCGGGCCUCUCGUCUAUUUGAAGGAACUGUGUCGGCGGACUGUGCGAUGGCAGUACAUGACGGGGCCCGGGCCUCUCGUCUAUUUGAAGGAACUGUGUCGGCGGACUGUGCGAUGGCAGUACAUGACGGGGCCCGGGCCUCUCGUCUAUUUGAAGGAACUGUGUCGGCGGACUGUGCGAUGGCAGUACAUGACGGGGCCCGGGCCUCUCGUCUAUUUGAAGGAACUGUGUCGGCGGACUGUGCGAUGGCAGUACAUGACGGGGCCCGGGCCUCACGUCUAUUUGAAGGAACUGUGUCGGCGGACUGUGCGAUGGCAGUACAUGACGGGGCCCGGGCCUCUCGUCUAUUUGAAGGAACUGUGUCGGCGGACUGUGCGAUGGCAGUACAUGACGGGGCCCGGGCCUCUCGUCUAUUUGAAGGAACUGUGUCGGCGGACUGUGCGAUGGCAGUACAUGACGGGGCCCGGGCCUCACGUCUAUUUGAAGGAACUGUGUCGGCGGACUGUGCGAUGGCAGUACAUGACGGGGCCCGGGCCUCUCGUCUAUUUGAAGGAACUGUGUCGGCGGACUGUGCGAUGGCAGUACAUGACGGGGCCCGGGCCUCUCACGUCUAUUUGA